CCUUUUUCAUAUCAAAGCUAAAUUAUUUGUUAUCUUAUAUCCAAUCGAGAUGGAAUUUUUACGAAAAAAAUAUGCGGAACCAGCUAACUUAACCCGUCUUGAAGCGAAUCUGGUGCCAUCCAGUUUGAAAAGGAAACCAUUGACCCGCCAGAAACUAGAGUUCAAUGAAUCUGACAAGUAUAACGGACUAGAUGACUUGAGUGACCCAUUAACAAAAACCGAUCGGAAAAGUAAAAAAGUUGAAAUCCUGCGCCCUAAUCGCCCUAGAAAACCACCCAAGAACCUUCUACUACAGGGACGCAACGAAGUUUUGAGUAACUCAGAUAACUGUGUGCUGCAUAUCAGCUACAAUGGCCGCGAGGCUGCUUUGGUGUGCCAGGUGCGCACUGCCAAUUUCCGAGCACUGAAGCAACGGCUGUCAUCAGUAUUUCAAAAUUACAACUGCCGCUUUCGGGCUGUGCACAGUGAGAAGCAAAUCUUUAAGCAAAUGGGCUUCAUUCAUGUGCUAAUGACCUGUCAGACUGCCAUGGACUUUGGUAACUUGGAGGAGCAGCUGCAUCAGGUGGCUCUGUCCUGCAAUGCCGAAGGCUGCAGAAUUGUGAGCCACGAAAUGGGCGCCCUAUGUUUUAGAUGUCAACCAGCGCUUAUACCAGAAGUGGCCUGCAAGCUGAAGGUGUUCGGCUACAAGCCGCUCCUCACAGAGCUCGGCUAUUGCCCCAUCGGGCCGUUGGUGAAGCUGAAAGCCCCACAGCUGAGGCGCUAUUCAGAGUUCCUCAGGAGCCUACGGGCAGACGCAGAUAUCGUGAAGGUCUAUGACAAUGUGCAAAACUCCGUGCUGCAGUCCAUGUACACCAGCUGAAUUGGCAGCUGGCAAAUUUAUGUGUGGGCGAUGAAUAAAAGGGCAGCUCCUUGUUGCCGCGACUUGUAUCCA